GGACUAGGACUAGGACUAGGAUCAGGACCAGGACCAGGAGCAGGAGCAGGAGCAAGCGAGUCAUGGACCGCAGGAUGAACUUGAGUGGCGGCGCGGCUGCAGACAUUUUCCACAAAACUCUGAGCGCCGUAUCCGGUAAGAAGAUGGACCCCUUCAGAACCGGCAUGGAGCUUCCGCCGCGGGACCGCCACGACUCGCCCAUCGGCUGCUUCGACCACCAGGGCGACCCGGACCCCAUCCAGCCGGGCGGUCUGGCCGGGGUCCGAGGCGGCGCCCUGGGGUUACCCACCGGCUCUCUGUGCGUCAAGUACGGGGAGAGCGCCAACCGGACGCUGGCGGCAGCGGCAGCGGCGGCGGCGGCGGCGGCGGAGAGCAGCGGCGGUGAGCAGAGCCUGGACGACGACAGCGACGGCCGCUGCGACAUGGUGCUCCUGGCCGACCCUCGGACCGGCAUCCCGGGCAAGGCGGAGGGCGGCAAGAAGACCAAGGAGCAGAAGACCCUGCGGCUCAACAUCAACGCCCGGGAGCGGCGGAGGAUGCACGACCUGAACGACGCGCUGGACGAGCUGCGGGGGGUCAUCCCGUACGCGCACAGCCCCUCCGUGCGUAAACUCUCCAAAAUCGCCACCUUGCUGCUGGCCAAGAACUACAUCCUCAUGCAGGCGCAGGCCCUGGAGGAGAUGCGGCGGCUGGUGGCCUACCUCAACCAGGGCCAGGCCAUCUCCGCCGCCUCCAUACCGGCCACCACCGCGCUGGCCGCGCCGCCCGGCCUGGGCGCCUACGAGCAGCCGACCGGCUUCCCCUUCCCCGCCGCCGGGGUGGCGUCGUCCUCCUGCCCGGACAAGUGCUCCUUGUUCGGCUCGGCCGCCUCCAGCCUGUGCAAGCAGUGCACCGACAAGCCUUAGCCCCGCGCGGCCUCCGCUUCUUGGGACACUUUAGGAGACCGAGACCGGCAAGGUUAGCGACUUCUACCGAUCGAUACUUUUGUAAUAUUUACAUCUUUUUGGUUGAGACGAGACUUGAUUGUGUACAUAAGUCAUCCUUCAAGUGCUGCUGCGAAUGCGAGUGGAGACCAAACCAGCUUUUUUGGGACGUUUUUUGCUGACCUGAUAACUUUUUUUGUUGUUUUUUAAGGGUUGGGGUCUACCUUUCUCUGCUGCUUCCAUUUUUUUUAAAAUUUUUUUUUACCUUUUUUAUUGGCUUCUCAAUCAGAGAGUUGUAAAACAUGAAGAAUGUGACAAAGAAGGAACUUCUUCAUUCCUAUACAUACUUUUGUGUCUUUUAUUUAUUUCAAUUUGCACAUGGUGGUCUUAUGAUUAUUAUUAUUCAUUAUAAUUAAUAAUAUUUAAUGGAUGCUUGUCAGGUCAAGGGGAUCCGUGUCGAUAUUUCACUUAUUCUACGCGCAGAGGGCCCGUUUGUAUGUAUUUGAGUGUGGAAAAGCUUUAUUAAAAUAUUUUCAACAACAGAAAAAAAAACCCCACUACUCGUUAUUCUUUAUUUCAUCUUUGAAAAAAUAAAAACCCAUUUCAUUUAAUUAUAAAAAUGGUAUUUAAAAAAUAUAUUAAUUGUGGUUAAAAAUGGAAAAAAAAAAAAUAUUUGUGCAUGAAAAGCAAAGGUGCAGAUGUCAGCAGCAUGGUCAGGGGUAGGCUGACGAUUUUAUUAUAUCGGAUUAAAAAAAAACAGAAAGUUCAGCGAUAUGACGACUUGGUGCAAGAACGAGGCCUUCACGCAGGCUUUACUGCAUCUGUGACGAGUUAUUCCGACAACAAGGCCGCUGUGUCGCCUUUAAUCCUGUCACUUUUGGCAUAUUCCUUGAAUCCGGAGCCGGAAUAAUCAGGAGAAUUUAAAAAAAAUAAAAAAAGUUUGGGGGUGAUGAAAAGUGUUUAGUAGAAGAAGAAAAAAAAGCACAUUUUACUCUCAAGAUGCAAUACAAGUUGGUGGAAGUGUGUGUGAGAGUGUGUGUGUGUGAAAGAAGAGAAUCAGGAGGGCCUCACAUAUUUUGUUGUUUUUAUCUUCAUGCAUGAUAAAGACCAAUUUUUUAUGUCCAUUGUAGAAAAUCUAAUACGGUUUUGAACUAACACUGCCUGGAUGCCAAGGAUGAUGAAAUGUAUCAGAAAAGCAAAAU